UCUGUACUGUAGAUCAAAAAUUUCUGUGAGAAUCUUGCUGCUUCAAGCUUUGUGUGCAAACAAGAAGCCAAAUGCUGACCACUGUUCAAUUCUUUAGGCUCUGAGGCAUGACAGAUGGACAUGGAUGUGGUCAAAUGGAUGAGUAUCCAGCAUCUUUCAACAAAACUGAAGCUGGAAGGGAAAGAGGCAACAAGGUCAUCAAUGACUAUUGAUGGUGUUAGCAGUGUCUUCUGCAUAGUCAAUUUUCACUUCUGUGAUGGUCCAGCAGAGAUUUUUGAGCAAGAUAUGCAGUCUGAAUAUCUUAAUGACAACCUAAAAAUAAUAUUUUGGAGUUUUUUGGAUGUUUUUAAAUUAGAUUUUCAUAUUUACCAUUUUAUGCACUCAUGCCACAAGAGGGAGUAAGUGAUUCCAUCACUGGUUCACAUUGAGACCAAAUGGGGCUGUUUCUUGGAGCUGGGUUUUUUAUUUUAUUUUUUUUAGCAUGAAGCCAUUUUUGUAUAAACAGUGUUAGUAACAGAACUUACACCUGCCUGAGAAGGUUUGCUUUUAAACUCAAGAACACUCUCAACUGCUUUCAGGUCUAAAUAUGGGUUUUCCCCCCAACACCUGGAGGAUUUAGUAUACUUCUACCAAGAAAAGCCAAACUAAAGGUGCUGCAAAAAGAGGGAAGCAAGCAAAAGAUAAAUUUAGCUGAAAUAGAAAAGUGUGCUAAACAUUCGUGAAGCACACAACCAGAAUUUAGAAAAGAGGGGAGUGAAAAUACAGGUGCACAGAGAAAGGGGCUAAAUCAGAUUUAGUUUUAAUGUUGAAAAACUGAACAUUUAACAAGAAAAAAUAUUUCACAUUUUCUUUUUUUCAGGACAGGGAGCAAUAACUGCUGCCAAAUAAAAGACUUGAAUAGCAAAAUAAAGCAAGUGUAAUUUCAGUUGCAAAAUAUUACGUAUUUUCUAGGAAUGUAGUGCCAUUUUAGAGCACAAUCAAGUAACUGUUUCCACCAAUUGUUAUAAAAAUAUGUAUCAGAAAUGACUUUUAAUAAAUUUGACUUUGUAAAUUAAUGCUUUGAAAUUGGACUUCUAUCUGUUUAAAAUCUCCUGCUCUUUCUGGAACUCUCCCCUAAUGAGUCAUUACAGCAUCACUGCUCUAUUAACCCUUUAACAAAGUUUUUACCAGCAUUGCACUGAGAAGCAUAUAUAACGAUCACAAAAGUAAGCACAAAAAACAACACCUCACUAUACAAUUCACAGGACAGAACACAGAACACUUCCGUUAAAAGAAGCAAAAACAAAAAAACAGGUGCGCAGGCCCAUAGAGGACUCAUGGACAGUGCAUUAUUGCCUCAGAUAUGAUGUCCCUAUUUUUUAUUGGCUUUCAGCCAAACUCCUACAGAUGAGCAACAGGACGACUCUGACCCGAGGAGGUGACAUGUAUUAUUUACUCAUCAGCAGAGUAACACGAUCCCUGUGUCAUCAACCAGCAGCAGGCAGCAGGUGAAGUGCUCAGGUGAUGUGCUCUGAGGUGACUGCUGGCCACAUUUUACAGGAAAUGCUGUAAAGAAAACAGAACAGAAAGCAAACUGAUGUGAGUCUGAUAUAAAGCUGCUGCAUGCAGGACUCUGCUUGGAUCAGGUGUGACUCACAGAAGAAACCCAAACUAUCUGGGUUCAAGGAUAAACCUCUCUCUUUGGACAUAGCUGGAGACAAGUGAACAAUGAACUGGGGAUUUUUGGAGAAGAUUCUGAGUGGAGUGAACAAGUACUCCACUUCAAUUGGCCGGAUCUGGCUCUCUGUGGUCUUCCUGUUCAGGAUCCUGGUAUAUGUGGCUGCGGCUGAGCAGGUCUGGAAGGACGAGCAAAAUGACUUUGUGUGCAACACACUGCAGCCCGGCUGCAAGAAUGCCUGCUUCGACCAUUUCUUCCCCAUAUCUCAGAUUCGUCUUUGGGCUCUGCAGCUCAUCAUGGUGUCCACACCAUCCCUAAUGGUGGCCCUUCAUGUGGGCUACAGGGAGCACCGGGAGGCCAAGCACAAGAGAAAGUUCUACAAGGACAAAGGGAGCAUUGAUGGUGGUCUUUUCUGUACCUAUGUCAUCAGCUUGCUCUUUAAGAUGGGCUUUGAAGUGGGGUUCUUGCUGGCUUUUUACUACUUGUACAGUGGUUUCGGGGUGCCCAUCCUGAUGCAGUGCACACAGGAACCCUGCCCCAACACUGUGGACUGCUACAUAGCCCGAGCCACGGAGAAGAAGAUCUUCCUCUACAUCAUGGGCUGCACCUCCAUUUUGUGUAUAGCUCUCAACUUCUCAGAGCUCCUUUACAUUGUGUGGAAGCAACUGUGGAGACACUUCAGCAGGCGAUAUGUUCCUGUGGAGCAGCAGAUUUUGAAAAACAGCCAGCUUCAUGUUUCAUCUGACAAAAGAUUCACAUCGUCUGAGCAGCUUGAAAACACAAAGGUCUGCACACCAGAACCCGCAGCUGAUGCAGUUGAAAAACCUGCCAGUCCAGUUCAGCAGAGCUGAGAGCAUCCGAUCCCCCUGGUCACAAAGACAAAUGCAGCUUCUUUUUGGCCUGAAACAUAACUGACAAUAAACAUUUUUUUAAACAUAUCAUUGGAUAUAUAUAAAUUUAUAAAAAUUCUCUUCAGAGAAUCAUUGAAACUUGUUAAAGUACCUGUUGAAUUGUUGAUGUGUUGAAUGGAAGUAUGUUACACAGCAACAUAACUGCCUCUUACAGAUAACAUUUUUUUUGUUUCAGCUUGCUUGUAUGAUAGUACACUGCUCAGUAACUUUGUGCUUUUGUACUUUCAGAUUUCUUUCUCUCUAUUUCAGUAAUAUGUUUUGUGUCUAGUGAAUUUGUUUUAAAACUCUUGGUUCUUCCAGCACCACCAAACAAACAGCCCAGAAACAGGUAACUUUAGAGCUUAAUGUUUUCAUUGCUUAGGGCCUCAGGGCAGCUUUUUGUUUAUUUAUUUUUCAGUGUUUUAGUAUUAUUUAGAUUUAAAAGUAACUUCUAUUAACUGUGUGUCUUCAUGUCUAUGAAGUAGAACCCAAAGAAUGUGAUUGGAAAUGUUAUGUAAUUUCCAAUCACAUAAAAUCUCUCUCUCUCCCUAUAUAUACUGUAUAUAUUGUAUAUGUAUAGUUAACAUGUCACUCUCACUCUCUCUCCAUAUAUAUAUAUAUAUAUAUAUAUAUAUCCAAACCUCAUGUUAAAUUGUUAUCUGGCAAAGAGGAAGCAGAACAUGAGAGCUGAUAUGUCUUAGUGCAUGAAAAAAAACCCAAAACAAAAAUAUUACAGAAACUGAUUUUUUCUCUCUCUGAGUUUCUGCUACAUUUAGAGGCCAAAGGGUCAGCAGCAUGUUCCAAUAAGAGUGUGUCUCUAACAUUGAGACUUAAAGCUGUGAGAUUCUAUAAACAGAAAAACAAUGACUUUAAAAAGGAUAAUAAAUGAUUUGAGAAAUA